GGGUCCAAGUUUUCUGGAAGGACUGAAAGAUCUUGGGAGAAAUCAUGGCCGAUCAUCAACCGUGUUCCCAGUCUGAGGACCAGAGCCCCCAGCCUAGCUCCUCAGGGUACCCCUUUGAUGUGGUGGAUGAAGAAAGCCCGGGACCAUCAGCCCCCUGGGUAGACCCCUGCCCCCUGCCUGAGUCCCCCACAAGGAAGAGAGGAAGGGAUGAGUCAGAUGAGGAGACAGCCCCUGGCGCUAAGGACAUCUGGGUCGUGGAGACACUGUGUGGCCUCAAGAUGAAGUUGAAGAGACAACGGGUGUCUUCAGUGCUCCCUGAACACCACGAGGUCUUCAAAAGGUUGCUUGAGGAUCCUGUCAUUCAAAGAUUUCUGGCCUGGGACAAAAACCUGAGAGUAUCCGACAAGUAUCUCCUGUCUAUGGUCAUAGCUUACUUCGGCCGUGCUGGCCUCUUCUCCUGGCAGUACCAGCGAAUCCACUUCUUCAUAGCCCUCUACCUGGCCAAUGAUAUGGAAGAGGAUAACCAGGCCCCCAAACAGGCCAUCUUUUCAUUCCUCUAUGGGAAGAACCGGUCCCAGCGUCCCUUGUUCCACAAACUGAGAUUCCAAUUCAUACGAUCCAUGGACUGGAAGACCAGGGUGUCUCGAGAAGAGUGUGAAGAGAUCCAGGCUUUUGAUCCAGAUCUGUGGGUGUGGGGGCGAGAUCGCUGCACUCUGAUGCCCUAGGUCUCCCAGGGCCAUGGAGGCCUGAGGUCAUCGGCCUGAAGGAAGAUCCCUGAGCCCAGGGGAGACGCAGGUUUUCAGCAGGAAGUCAAUCCAGACACUAACGACAGGCAUGAGGAAGGAAUAGAGGAGUCUCUUGUGCAGAUAAUCUAGAAGAACCCAGGACCUUCUAGAAUUAGCUGAAGGGGGUUCUCAUAUUGUACUCCGAGGAGGUGGGAGUACCUGUAGGAGUCCAGAGAAGGACAAUAAGAAACCAGGCUUUUUUUCAGUUUCCACCCCUUCCUGGGGAAGCACCAAAUAUUUCAGAUUUUUUAAAUUCAAAUCUCCCUUGAGGUAGGAGUUGGAGAUCCUGUUUUUUACGCAUUGGGACACAGACGAGGAGGAGAUUACUUCAAAAAUAUAAAACGAGAGACAAAGGAUUAUAAUAGCCUAAUAUUAUGCCACGAAUUUCAUUGGUAUAUUUUGAAAAUGUUGCCCUUAGAAUUAUUUUAUUUAUUUUUAUAUUUUAUAUUUAUGUAUUUAUUUUUAAAAGUUCUGAAAUAGUCAUAGUUUUCAAAACAUGUUGUUCCCACAAAGUUUUGUGAUGAGAUUACACUUGUAGAUAAAAUUUUGUUGACAUAUUCAGGAUAGGUUUUUGUGUUUUUACUAUAGUAAUAUAUCUAUCACACUUAUAAUCAGGAAGGUGGUUCCCUCAAGUUAUUACUGUAAAUGUUUCUUUGACAUUUAGUCUUCAUUAUUAAAUUGUGGGAAUCUGUUGUAAUUUUUUUACUUGCCUUGAUGACACGUUUGUAAGUUGUUUUAUGUUAUUUUAGGUUAUUAAAGAGGACACUGCAAUGUGUCUCUUGAGGAAACAUAAUAA